ACUCUCCGUCUGCGCUCUCCUCACACACUAGUCACUCCUCUCCUUCUCUCUCUAAAAACCUCACUUUCUCUCUCUGAAACUCCAGAGCGCACAGACGCGAUGUCUCAACGCGGCCGCGGCCGAGGCCGCCAUUCCGAACCCUCAUACGGCUCCGACGCCCCGCCGUUUAAUCGCGGUGGAGGAGGCGGAGGCCGUGGUCGGGGACGAAACCCCGGUGCUACACCGUUGUUUCAGUCCGAAUCGGGACCUAGACAUGACUGUCCUGGAGUCAUCGCCGCUCCGACGGCGGCUCAAACUCCCUCGCCGGCACCAUUGGCUCAAACACCGGUUCCUCGCGGACCGGCGCCGGCUCAGGCGUCUUCCAGCUCGGCGCCUUCCCCCGCUGAGGCUCCUCUCAUCUGUGCGAUGGAGCAGAAGCUGACGCUGACCGCUCCUCCACCGUCGUCGUCGAAAGCCGUCCGGUAUCCGGCGAGGCCUGGCUACGGGAAGGUUGGCGAGAAGGUCCAAGUCAGGGCCAACCACUUCCUAGUGGAGGUGGCGGCGAGAGAUCUCCAUCACUACGAUGUGUCGAUUACCCCUGAAGUUGCAUCGAAAAAGAUCAACAGGGAAGUCAUUAAGCAGCUCUUAAAGCUUUAUAAGGAGUCUCACCUGGGCAAGAGAAUCCCAGCUUAUGAUGGCAUGAAAAGUAUUUAUACAGCAGGCCCCUUACCUUUUACCUCGAAAGAGUUUGUGGUCCAGUUGGCCGAGAGGGAGGGUUCUUCUGCUGCUGCUGGUUCCAGAAGGAGGGACCGAGAGUUCAAGGUCACUCUCAAGUUGGCUAGCAAACCUGACCUGUAUUCCCUCCAACAGUUCCUAGGAAGCCAGCAGCAUGAGUUGCCUCAGGACGCAAUUCAAGUUCUGGACGUUGUUCUUAGGGCUAAACCUUCUGAAAAUUACACUGUUGUUGGGAGGUCUUUUUUCGCCAUUGAUCUUGGGAAGAAAGGUGAUCUUGGUGAUGGUCUGGAAUACUGGAGAGGCUUUUAUCAGAGUCUAAGGCCGACCCAGUUUGGGCUUUCACUCAAUAUAGAUGUAUCAGCCAGAGCAUUUUAUGAAUCUAUUCUGGUAACUGAGUUUGUGAAAAAACUUUUGAACUACAGAGAACUGUCAAGGCCUUUACCUGAUCGUGAUCGUUUGAAGGUGAAAAAGGCCUUAAAGGGGGUCAAGGUAAAACUUUCUUAUCGUGAGAAUAGAUCUUAUAAGAUCACCGGGGUCUCCGUGGAACCCCUGAACAAGUUGACAUUCACUCUAGAAGAUCAAAGUAGAACUUCAGUAGUCCAGUAUUAUCGCGAAAGGUACAAUAUUGUGCUGAGGGAUGUGGCAAUGCCUGCGCUUCAGUCUGGGAGCGAUUCAAAACCUGUUUAUUUGCCUAUGGAGCUUUGUUCCAUUGUUGCUGGGCAGAGGUACACUAGGAAGCUCAAUGAGAGACAAGUAACAGCUCUUCUGAGAGCAACUUGUCAACGCCCUGGAGAGAGGCAGCGCAGUAUAGUUGAUAUGGGUAAACACAAUCGUUACAAUGCAGAUGACCUUAUCCAGCAAUUUGGCAUGAAUAUAAGUCAAGAUAUGGCUUUAGUUAAUGCUCGUGUUCUGCCGCCGCCUUUGCUAAAAUACCAUGACACUGGUCGUGAGAAGUCUGAAAAUCCACGAAUGGGGCAAUGGAAUAUGAUCAACAAGAAAAUGGUUAACGGCGGUCGAUUGGAUUUCUGGGCAUGUGUCAAUUUCUCCCGAUUAGAUCCAAGUUUUAACUUCCGAUUUUGUGAGGAUUUGGUCAAUAUGUGCAACAGCAAGGGAGUGCAUUUCCAUCCGCAACCCUUAAUUCCUCAUCAAUCAGCUCAUCCAGGGCAAAUAGAGAGCGUGCUCAGAGAUAUCCAUAAGAUAUCUAGCAAGAAAAUUGAAGAAAUUGGACAUAAGGGAAAGCCUCUUCAGUUGUUAAUUAUCAUUUUGCCUGACGUUACUGGAUCGUAUGGUAUGAUAAAACGGAUCUGUGAAACUGAGUUAGGAAUUGUAUCUCAGUGCUGUCAGCCUAAGGCAGCAUCAAAGCUCAGUAAACAAUACCUAGAAAAUCUGUCACUCAAGAUAAAUGUGAAGGUUGGUGGAAGGAACACUGUUUUAAUAGAUGCCAUUCAAAGAAGAAUUCCUCUUGUGAGUGACAUUCCCACUAUAAUAUUUGGUGCUGAUGUUACCCAUCCACAACCUGGGGAGGACAGCAGUCCUUCAAUUGCGGCUGUGGUGGCGUCCAUGGAUUGGCCAGAAGUCACCAAGUACCGAGGACUUGUAUCUGCACAGGCUCACCGUGAAGAAAUAAUUCAAGAUCUUUAUAGUGUUAAACAGGACCCUAACAGGGGUCCGGUUGCCGGAGGAAUGAUCAGGGAGCAUUUCAGAGCAUUUAGACAAGCAACUGGCCGAAAACCAGAGAGAAUUAUCUUCUUCAGAGAUGGAGUUAGUGAAGGCCAGUUUAGUCAAGUUCUGCUGUAUGAAAUGGAUGCUAUAAGAAAGGCUUGUCAGUCGCUUCAGGAGGGAUAUCUACCACCAGUUACUUUUGUUGUGGUGCAGAAAAGGCAUCAUACUCGCCUGUUCCCAACUGAUCAACGGAAGACUGAUAGGAGUGGCAAUAUUCAACCAGGCACUGUCGUUGACACCCAGAUUUGUCAUCCGACGGAGUUUGACUUCUAUCUCAACAGUCAUGCUGGCAUUCAGGGAACUAGCAGGCCCGCACAUUACCAUGUCCUGUACGAUGAGAACAGAUUCACUCCAGAUGCCUUGCAAAUGCUAACGAACAACCUAUGCUACACGUAUGCAAGGUGCACACGCUCGGUCUCCAUUGUUCCUCCUGCAUACUAUGCACAUUUGGCUGCCUUCCGUGCGCGAUACUACAUAGAGGGUGAGUAUUCUGAUGGAGGUUCAACUACCGGAUCUACAGGAGGGGUUGCUGGUGGUGCGAGGUUCCGUGCCCUUCCAGAGAUUAAAGAAAAUGUAAAGGAAGUCAUGUUCUACUGCUGAAAUCAGUCUUGAGGUCUCGCUGGUGGCGGUUAGUUUCUAGUGGUCGUGUUUUGUCUGAGGUUGUAUGAACUAAAGUUGCACAAGACUCUAAUCUUAUAUCGUCUUGAAGAUUGACGUCUAAAUCGCUCAUCCCUGAUGGUUUUGGUGAUUAGUUUUGUGGGUUGGUCCUGAAUCCUUGGCUACUGAUAUGGAUAUGGACUUUGGUUCAAAGUUUAGUUUAUAUACAAGUGCAGUCAGAACAUUUUGAGCUGUUACUUGGUUACUUGGUUGCAUGUAUUUGUUAAUUACUUUCAUCUCAUCUGAUGUAAGUUCAUAUAUUUUUAUUCCGGAUUUGACCUUCCCUCUUAAGGCCUGAGCUCAAAAUUUUGAGGCAAUGUCUUUCCAGGUGGAGAUUUUGGAUAUUUUGUCCAAAUUUUGGUUUUGCUGAAAGGGCUUGAGAAAGUUUACCAAAAAGUGACUCGCAGGUUAAGUUUA